AUUAAAAAAAAAAAAAAUGAAUUCCCUAACCACAAUCAUCACACUCAUUUCCCUAAUCUCUUUCCAAAUCGAAUCCUACGCCAUAGUCUUCUCCAUCAAAAACAACUGCCCCUACACCGUCUGGGCCGCCGCCGUCCCCGGCGGAGGCCGCCGCCUUGACGGCGGCCAGACCUGGAACCUCGGGUUUCCCGGCGGGCCCAAACUCGCCAAGAUCUGGGCCCGGACCGGCUGCUCCUUCAAUUCAACCGGCCGCGGCGGCUGCCGGACCGGCGACUGCGACGGGUGGCUCCGGUGCCGGAAUUAUGGGUCGCCGCCGCACACCCUGGCGGAGUACGGCCUGAACUCCUUCGCCGGAAAGGACUACUACGACAUCUCCCUCAUGAAAGGGUUUAACGUCCCGAUGGAGUUUGCUCCGACGACGAACGGCUGCCGGCGGGCGGUGAAGUGCGCGGCGGACAUCAGCGGGCAGUGCCCGGAGCAGCUGCGGGCGGCGGGAGGGUGCCAGAAUCCGUGCACAGUGUACAAGACGGCGAAGUACUGCUGCGGCGGAGGGCGGCGGUGCCGGCCGACGGCGCUGUCGAAGUUCUUCAAGUCCCGGUGCCGCGACGCCUUCACGUUCCCGGAGGACGAUCCGACGAGCACCUUCGUCUGCCCGCCGUCGACCGAUUACAGGGUUGUGUUCUGCCCGAAUUAGAGAAAAGCAAAACGACGUCGUUUUGAUGAUGUAAGUAUAAGUAUGUGGAGGUAGCGUCGGUAAAUAAGAACAGAAUGGAUGCUUAUGCCGAAUUGAAUUGACGUUUUUCAUUAAUACA